GCACGGGGGUCCCUCUCUCUCAACUCUUCCCAGCGUUGCUGUGGUCUCCCUGGAAGCUUUGCUGGUCGGUGGGGGUAGUCGGGGAAGCUCUGAGGUGGGGGGUGCUGGUUGAUGUCGAUGGCGCAGGUGUGCUGUGACUCCGCGAGCGCGGCGGUGGUUGGGCCGGAGGCGGAGGCCAGGGCGAGGGCGCGCGCCGAGAGGCGGCGCCGGGCAGGGGAGGCCGGGAGGUGGAAGCACGCGCCGGCGGCGGCGGCGGCCGGGACGGCCGAGGCGGCCACGAGGAAGCGGCGCGUCGAGGCCGGAGAGCUGCUCGUGGCGCGGAAGCACGGGGCGGCGUCGGUGGCCGGGCGCAUGAGGGAGAUGGAGGACGCCGUGUCCGUGCGCGAGGCCUUCGCCGCCGGUGCCGCCGGGAGGUGCGACUUCUACGGGGUGUUCGACGGCCACGGCUGCUCGCACGUCGCCGAGGCGUGCCGGGACCGGAUGCACGAGCUGCUCGCCGAGGAGCUGGCCGGCGGGGAGCAGCGGGAGCCCGCGGCCUGGACCGCCGCGAUGGAGCGGUGCUUCGCGCGGAUGGACGCCGAGGUCGCCUCCGCCGGCGGGCGCGCCGCCACCGCGGCCAGUGCCAGCUGCCGGUGCGACGCGCGCAAGUGCGACCACGUGGGCUCCACCGCCGUGGUGGCCGUGGUGGAGGAGCGCCGGGUGGUGGUGGCCCACUGCGGCGACUCCCGCGCGGUGCUCUGCCGCGGGGGCGACGGCGCGACGCCGGUGGCGCUGUCCUCGGACCACAAGCCCGACCGGCCCGACGAGCAGGAGCGGAUCGAGGCCGCGGGCGGGCGGGUCAUCUUCUGGGAGGGCGCGCGCGUGCUGGGCGUCCUGGCCAUGUCCCGCGCCAUCGGGGACGGGUACCUGAAGCCGUAUGUGUGCUCGGUGCCCGAGGUGACGGUGGCCGAGCUCGCCGACGGCGACGAGUGCCUGAUCCUGGCCAGCGACGGGCUGUGGGACGUGGUCAGCAACGAGGCCGCCUGCGAGGUGGCGCGCGCCUGCCUCCGCAGGGGCAGGGAGAAGUGGUGCGCCGAGGCCGCCGCGCUGCUCACCAAGCUGGCGCUCGCGAGGCGCAGCGCCGACAACGUCUCCGUCGUCGUCGUCGAUCUCCGGCGGAAGAACCGCUAGCUCACUAGUACAGUGGGAUGAUGCACAAAAAGGAUCUGGGGUGGUAGUAGCAGCAGCUAGCUAGGUAGUAGUAAUUCUACUGAUUGUUUUUUCUUCUUCUUUUUUUCCGUUGGAGAUCAAGUAUUUUCUCCCUGAAUCAAAAAGUUCAGAGGAGCGCAUGCAUAGAUGAAUGAAUUAUUAUGGUGUAACCGGAAUUCGAUCCGGAUACCAUGUGGGAUGAAAAUGAAGUUUUCAAAAUCAUCGGAAAAGCAGAGAUGGCCUGACGAGAAUUCGAUGGAUGUGAUGUGAUCCCAUCUGAAACGAAGAGACAAGAACGACGGGGAAGAUCAUCUGAAUAAACAACAAAGAGGGGGAGCACAUCAUAAACAAAUUGAAGACUUCGAAUCAUCCCUGGAUCUCUGAGUGACGGGAGACGGAUUGUGCAACCAUUAUUUGCGUCGAUUAUUUAGUCGGUUCAGAUUGUCAAGAAAAUAUUGUUGUAAUCUCCAGAAAAUUUGGCUUCCUUGCCCGAUUGAACAGGAUUUUGCAGGUCGGGUGGAGCACA